AUGACGUCCGCAUUUGAUCCGUCGCUCUCAACGAGUGGCAUGCGCCCUCCCCUGGCCUCGGCGGAUGCGCCAUCCAUGGCCGACUCCUUGCCUAAUAUCAACUUUGGGUUUGAGGACCUGCGCAACCGCAUGGCACAAUUCACUGUGAAAUUCGAUGCGUUCAUUGAACGAGGGCGCAAGCAAGUUCUAGAGGAGAGGAAUCAGUUUCAUAUAAAUCUCGCUGAAUUACAAGAGGACGAACGGAUGCGACAGCGUGAUAUUGAGAUUUUGAACCUCAAAUCCCAAACUCAUGAACAAACUCUUCAGAAAGAAGCGGCCGAGGCGGCUGAAAUGCACGCUGCCAUUUCCUCCAUCACCAUGCAACGCGACUCCCGGCUCGCAAAGCGGGACCGUCUCAAGCAACAAAUUGCAGAGACUCGAAAGGCAAUCAAUCAAAGGCUAGAGGCACAGAAGAACCACGCAAAACAACUGGAUGCGCAAUCUCGGCUCAACAACCCAGAGUUAGAGUUCUGGCAGGAUUACCUCUGUUUACGGAUUGAAGGGGCAGGCCGUGAGGACCGGUUGAAAUUUGUUUACAGUCACGUUGUAGAAAAGGACUGGGAAUCGGAGGCCUGGUUUGAAUUGGGAACCGCGAGUCGCGAUUAUGAGGUGUUUCAUACCCGGCCCAAGGUCGAUCGUGAGGCUCUGGAACGCGAGGUCGAUCUUGUCAAUGAGGACCGGGACUUUGGCGCUUUCCUCAAGCGAAUGCGCAAGUUAUUCGUGGAAACCAUGAAUUGA